AUGUCAUCAGUUAGCGAGAUUAUUAAUUUGAUAGUAUCAGAUACUACAAACUUGUUGGUCGCUCUCAUUGCUUUGGGUGUCGUCGUCUAUACAAUCUAUGGUAUCAUGUCGGUGCCAAAGGAAGAACCAAAGGUUGUAAAGAAGAAAUCAUCUCGUGUUAGAUACGACGGUCCAACUAGAUACUUUACUCAAGAAGAAGUAGCUCGUCAUGACAAGGAAGAUGAUCUUUGGUUGAUUAUCGAUGGAAAGGUAUACGAUUUAACUACCUAUGUUGAUCAACAUGUUGGUGGUUUGGCAAUCAUGAGAAACGCUGGAAAGGAUUCAUCAGAAGGUUUCCAUGGUGAACAACAUCCAGUAAAGGUUGAACAAAUCCUUUUAGAAUACUAUAUUGGUGAAUUUAAGAAAUAA